AUGGCAUUCCGGGUCCCUCCCCAAGCUUCUCGAAGGAGAACCUCAUACUCGACCCCACAGCCCCCUCCUCCUCUCGAUAUCAUACCUUCUACUCAAGAACAGCAAGAUGACGACACAACACAAUGGGUACUGUUCUCUCCGACCGCCCAUACGCACACGACCUCCACCGACCGUACGCAGACAGCAGGAGCUUCUCGACUGAGUGACUUUGGCUCAUUUGGCACCGCAACUCGAUCCGCAGCUGGCCUGGAGGGUGAUGCGGCUGACGACGAGGCCUUGGAAGACCAGCUGGACGAAGAUGGUACCGAGUUGGAUAGCUUGGACGAUGGGUUGCAUGCGUUUCGCGCCCCGUCACUGCCCGCCACAUCCCCCGCACGGGUAGAUCAAGGACCGGCGGCCUUGCUUCCAGCCCACGAUGGCUUAGGUAGUUUCCAAGCGUCGAGUCAGCUAGCUCAAGAGCAGCUCUGGCAGCAUGAGCAGUAUAAUCCUCAACGGCGGCAAUAUGCCUCCCCCCGUCGACGAACAAGUGUGCAACGGCAUUUGGAUACGGUUGAUGAAGGGGAGACAAAUAUUGAACGCGACCGCUGGCAGCGGAUCGAGCAGUGGAGGAUGGAUCAGAGUCGGGCCUUGCUGCAGGAGAUUGAACGCCAAACUCGGCGGCGGAACAGUCGUGUUAGUGGAUCAAGUAUCCAUGAUCCUAUUGAAGAGAUUUCACCAGCCCGGAUCACUGGAGCAUUGCCAGAUGCCGCGUCUGAACCAGAAGCAGAAACGGAAGCGGACCCGGAGACAGAUGAGACCUUCUGGCGCCGCAUUACUCGGAAGGUGAUUCGGGACUUGAUUGGCAUCGAUGACUCUUUACUCUCUGUUAUCUUCGGGGAAUCAUUACCUGAGGGGCCACACUUGGCAGACCAGUCUGGGGAGCUCAAUAUGGAGACUGUUCUGGCCCGCGAACCGGAUCCAGAUCGGUCAGACUCACCUAUAUGGCAGAGCCAUGUACUUCAACGCAUUGCACACGAGCUUGGGAUCUUGGUACAUCAGCUUUGCGAACACCCGGGUGCAUUUACAACUUACUACCAGAUGACCAAGGAUAUCACGAGUGAAUAUGCAGGCAUGUCCCUCGACCGCUUGGCUGAAAGUGGGCUCUCCCAAAAGCCUACUGAACACGCAGACUCAACGUCUGCCAAUACGGAAAUCGAUGGUUCCAUGCCAUCCCCUCAAUUCAUCCCCACUCUUCGCGAAUCAAACCGAGAGCAUGAAGCACAAUGGGGCAUUGAAGAAGAUGAUCCUGCAGCAGACCCAGUCUCUGAAUCUGCCCGGUUGCAGCAAGAGCAAGAGUACUGGGAACAUGGCCUGGAUGCCAUGAUGGUCUUCCGCUACCUUCGUACCCGCUUCACACGCCGAGGAUACAUGCCAAAUGACAAAUACACUUCAACGCCACCCCCUCGCAACACACAAGAUGCCUCUCGCCGCGCCGCCAUGAUCCGCCACCACCAUCCCCUUGUUGCACGGGCACAUUCCUGCUCCCAAACGCAAGCCCGUCGGCCCGCUCAAUAUGCAGGUGUUACAGGUCCUGUGGGAGUCUCAUCACCCUUACUCCGACCCCACCUUCGUCGACCCAGCUCGAGCUGUGCGAGUCAAAGUGCGAAGAUUUCAGCUAUCUCUAGUCGCCGAACCCUCACAGGAUCAAGUCGCAACUACUGGGACAUCGGUGGUAGUGUCGAGAGUAGCAGUGCUAUUGGCGUCGGAGCUGGGCUCGGCGCAUGGGGUGAGGUGUGA